GCCGCAAAUCCCAUGCUCUCAGACAGCAAACCACAAAACAUCCUCAGCAGAUCGAAGAGGAUAAACAAAGAUUCAAGGGUUACCUUGUAGUGUAGUUUGUUAAAACUGAACACUUAAGUAACCUCCUUAAAGUAAAGAACAAACAGAUUUCUUCUUUCUUGUUUGUUGUUUGGUUUUUUGGGGUUAGAUUGUUGGCAGAUGGUGAAGCAGACCACUGAAAAAUCAGCUGAGCGAAGCGAUUCCAAAUACAAAGGUGUCCGGAAGCGCAAGUGGGGAAAGUGGGUGUCCGAAAUCCGGCUACCAAAUAGCCGGGAAAGGAUUUGGUUGGGAUCCUACGACUCUGCCGAGAAGGCAGCGCGUGCUUUUGAUGCUGCGCUUUUUUGCCUGCGUGGCCGCACAGCGAAGUUCAAUUUUCCUGAGAACCCACCGGAGAUCGCCGGUGGGCGUUCUCUCACUCCAACGGAGAUCCAGGUUGCGGCGUCUAGGUUCGCGAACUCGGUCGAGCCUCCGAAAAGCAGCCACUCGGAUCCGACGGGUACCCACUUGUUAAAUGAGUCGGCGUCACCUUCGGUGUCGGAGGGGACUGUGCAGAUGGGUAGCGACGCCACUUUGGACGGGUCGUUCUUGGACUUGUUUAGGACAGUCGGGUCGGGAAAUUACGCAGCGGAUUACGGAAUAUUUCCGGGUUUUGAUGAUUUCACGAAUGAAUUGUACGCACAGCCUUUGCCUAGCUUUGAUUAUGGAGAUCAGGAAAAUUCUGAUGGCAUUAUAAUUGAGUCGUCGUCGUCGUCGUCAUUCCUUUGGAAUUUCUAGGGAGACGACCCGACAGGUUAAAAUGGGUCAGAGGUCUGGACAGUUUUAGUUUUCGGAGCUAGUGACCAAAAUUCUUUUAACCCGGAAGGGCCAAAUUUUUUAUCCGGAGCUGCUGAUGGUGUAAUUGAAUCCGGAUAUGGAUGGACCAAAUUUUUUAGGGACAUCUUUGCAAUAAAUAAAAUUUAAAAAUUUAGUUUUAAGUUGUAAAGAAGGAGGAGAUGACGUAAAUGUUGAUGUAAUUCGGAUCACUCGUUUUGUAUGGUUGCAAAUCGCAAUGAAUGGAUAUUUCCCACAAAUUUGAAUAA